AUGUCCUCCCCCCGAUCCGCCGUGCACAUCCCUACAACCCCGGCUGUCCUUGACAGCGUCCGUCUCCGCAACAUCGAGCUCCCCCUCCCCGCUGCCCCAGACCCGUGGCAUCGCCCCGACAAGCCGCAGCCCUGCACAGCAAGCCUCAAGCUAUCCUACUCCUCCGCCAUCGCUGCCGCAGAACAAGAUGAUGUGUCGCUCUCCCUUGACUACGGCAAGCUCUUCCGACGCUUGGAAACUGACGUCCGUGAAAUGGCCCACCACACCACCUCCCCGGAGCACCCGCAUCACCGCAUGGUCAGUGUCGAAGGCACGCAGCGCGAGGAGAUGAAGAUCAGCGCCGUGGGCCAGGACCCGCGCGUUACGGCCGGUAUUGUCGCGAACUGUGGUCUGGGCCUGUUGGACGAGACAGCCGCCGGUGUGCGCCGCAUGGCGCAUGUGCAUCAGAGCCCGCGGAAUAGCUUCUCAGUUGCGGCCGAGUAUGGCCGGUGCGAGGUGUGGCUGCAUCUUCCCAAGGCGUUACUGCGUGCAGAGGAGGGCCUCAAGUAUCGGAGCGUUACGGUGUGGGGGUACAAGGAUGGUGCGGAUGCGGAGGCCUUGGAUUCUGAGUCGCGGUGUCCCGUGGUGUUGGAGGAGGAGUUCCGUAUCGAGGGGAUUCGCUGCUACUGUAUUCUCGGUGUGAAUUCGCAUGAGCGUGUUGAGAAGCAGGCUGUUAUUAUUUCUCUGGGCUUUUCGGGUCCUGGCCAGUUGGCUUGGGGGUCGACCGUGGUCGAUACGUAUGUGGCUCUGACGCGGGCUGUUGCGGAGAAAGUCGAUGAAACCACUUUCCAGACUGUUGAAGCUCUGGCUACCUUUAUCGCUCGUAUCGUGACGGUGGAGUUUGGCAAUGAGCGCGUCACCGUUCGUGUCGAAAAGCCUAGCGCGUUGGCGUUUGUUGAGCGCUCUGGUGUCGAGAUUACUCGGUCCCAAGCGUUCUUCAAGAACCACGACGUGGCGCGCAGGUAA